AUGGGGCCCCCGGGCAAUAGGGGAUCAUGGGGCCCCUGUGUCCUUGCCCAAACUCCAAAAAGCCUAUGAAAAAGGUACCAGGGGCAUCUCAUGGGGCCCCCCUACUGACCCGGGCCCUUGGGCAGCGCCCGAGUUUCCAAAUGGUCAGUCUGCCCCUGUCCUUUACAUCCCUUUUUUUUCAUCAGUUUACAUCCAUUUUUCAUCAGUUUACAUCCGUUUUUUUUCCAUCAGUUUACUUUUUUUUUUCAUCAGUUUACAUCCAUUUUUUCAUCAGUUUACAUCCCUUUUUUUCAUCAGUUUACAUCCAUUUUUUCAUCAAUUUA